CCCCAGGAGCCAGUGGUGACAGCUGAGGCCAUGUGAGUCGGAUCCUGAAUGAGGCUUUAUCUCUGCUCUUGGUCCCAUCAUCCACUGUGGCACCAGCUCCUUCGCCAGCCGGGAUGGGACAGGCAACUGAGAGAGCCCGGAGAGGUGAUGGUGGCCAUACCCUGGACUGGGAGAGGAACAGGACUCUGGGCCUCUAGCUGCCGAGCUGGUGGGGGGGGGCUCUAGGCCAUGACCCGCACCCUCUGACCCCUGAUACUGACCUCUGUCCUCUGCCCCGCCCCCUCUAUGCCGGAAGGAGAGGCUCAAGCCCCGCCGGGCGGAGGGCCGCCCCCGGACGCUCUGGCGGAGCAGGUAGAGCUGUGGUGGUCCCAGCAGCCCCGGCGCUCGGCGCUCUGCUUCGCCGUGGCCGUGGCGCUCGUGGCGGGCUGCGGGGCGGGUGGCGUGGCGCUGCUGUCCUCCACCAGCAGCCGCUCGGGCGAGUGGCGGCUGGCGACGGGCACCGUGCUGUGCCUGCUGGCCCUGCUGGUCCUGGUCAAGCAGCUGAUGAGCUCCGCCGUGCAGGACAUGAACUGCCUCCGCCAGCCCCACCACGUGGCCCUGCUGCGGAGCGGCGGCGGGGUGGACGCCCUGGUCGUGCUGCUCAGCGGCCUGGUGGUGCUGGUCACCGGCCUGACUCUGGCCGGGCUGGCCGCCGCCCCGGCCCCGGCCCGGCCCCUGGCCGCCAUGCUGUCUGUGGGCAUCGGCCUGGCCGCCUCCGGUGCGCUCUUGCUGCUGGGCUUGCUGCUCUAUCAGGUGGGCGUCAGUGGACACUGUCCGCCUCUCCGUGCGGCCGCCCCCUCCACCCACGCCCACCACGGUGGCGACGGCAGCAUCUUCAGCAUCUCGGGACGGUUUUCUGCCGGGCGGCGUCAUGAGACCACGUCCAGCAUCGCCAGCCUCAUCUGACCGAGCCCGAGUUCCCCUGCCCGCGACCUGCCUCAGCGUCCACGGCGCCGUGCCAGGGUGGGAGUGGGUGUGAGUGUGUGCUUGCACGCGCACGUGAGUGCGUAGGUGUCCCCAGGACCGUCCGGCCCUCCGUGGGAUUGCGUGACGCGUGUACGCACACAUCCAUGCCACAGGAAGGUGGAACUGGGGGCUUGUGGCCGUGGAACUGUCAGAGUCUACCCGUCUCGACCUGGGGCCCCUGAAGAUUCUUGGCCCCUGUUCCCAGCCCCCCUCAAAUCCAACCUGCCUUGCAACACCUAUCGGAGAUUUCCGGGAGCGACUGUCCUACCCCAGAGACCAUACCGGUGACUUCACUGAGGAGAGUACCCGGUGACAAAGUGCAAAGAACGCGGGCUCCACAAUGUGACAGGACUGGAUUGGAAUCCCCCACCUGCUGGGGGGCCUUGGGCAAGUGACUUAACCUCUCUGAGCCUCAGUUUCCAGAGAGUCACGGUCGUGGUCGUGGUAAUCGAUUGUGAGGAAGGACUGGGCACGUGGCAGGUGUGCAAUAAAACUGGUGGCCGUUGUCACU